AUGGACCCAGUCACAGCCUUGGGAGUCGCGGCAGCUGUGAUACAGUUCAUUGAUUACGGCACGGGACUAGCUUUUAAAGGAAGAGAGAUUUAUAAGUCUGGAGAGCUUGGGGCCAAUGUUGAACUUGGGGAGGCGACAAAUCGCUUGCAAGACUUGGUUGAGCCGUUAAGGAGCUCUCUUCAUUCAGGAAUUCAAAACGCACCUUCACCUUCACCAGCGGAUGCUGAUCGAGCCCUCAAAAGUAUCUGCACUAAAUGCAUCGACUUGUCCGAGGAACUUAGCGGUCUUCUUGGCUCCCUAAAGCUCAAUCUAAUCAGGGCUAUUUUGAAUGAGGAAAAGAUACAAGGGUUGAAAAGUCGUUUGGGUGAUUUGCGUAGCAAUCUCGAGACACAUGUUCUUGUUGACUUGAGAUAUCGAAUGAUUCAAGUCAAGCUCGAACAGGAAAACAAUUUCCAAACGCUCGAUAAAGCAUUGCAAGCAAUAAUGCAAGACCUCCUAUACAAUCACCAGAGUAGCUUAACUAAUUUUGAGCAAAACUUCGAUCAUUUGAGGUUGUCGCAGGAGAAAGAGCAUUCGCACACUCGCAGUGUGCUUGUCGAUCAACAAGCAUCGAGGCAUCGGCGCCAGGCGGAAUUAAGUAUUCUUGGAAGUCUCAAAUUUUCAUCGAUGAAUCUUCGGCAUGAGACGAUUGCCGAAGCACAUCAGCAAACUUUUGAGUGGAUAUUUUGCGAUCCCAAAAUCGAACACAAACCUUGGAGCAAUUUCAGCGAAUGGUUGAAAACCGAGAAUUGCAUCUAUUGGAUUUAUGGCAAGCCUGGAUCUGGAAAGUCAACCUUGAUGAAAUUCAUAGUUGGAGAUCCUCGAUCUCGUGGCUACGCAGAAACAUGGGCACAUAAUACUCCCCUGGAGACACCAUCCUUUUUCUUCUGGAACAGUGGUGACGAGGUGCAAAGAUCGCAAUCUGGCUUACUUCGAAUAUUUCCCAAGGAAUGGAAGACUGCAUUCGAGAAUACCCUGCAUAAUGUCCCUAUUAAGGCAAUAGACUGGUCAUUACCUGUACUAAAAAAGUCAUUCCGUACAUUAAUCGAGAAAACGUCGGGAAUAUUAUCAUUUUGCUUCUUCAUCGAUGGUUUGGAUGAAUAUGAAGGAGAUUAUUGGGAUAUUGCAGAGUACUUUUACGAGCUAUCCGAAUCAUUGCACGCGAAAUUUUGCUUAUCCAGCCGGCCUGAGACUGGAUUUUUGGAUAUAUUCAGAAGCAUGCCACAACUAAAGCUCCAUGACCUAACGGAGUCUGACAUAACAAACUACGUUCGAAAUAAAUUGGAGAAUAACUCACAAAUGCGACUUCUGAUGAACAAUAGUCCGUCGGAUGCGUUGGCGCUGAUAACCGAAGUCGUGGAUGACGGGGAUGGGGUAUUCUUAUGGGUUAGGCUGGUCGUGAAUUCUUUACUUGAUGGCCUCCAACAAAGGGACGAUAUUUCGACGCUCAGAGUUCGCCUAUGCAAAACCCCAAAGGAGAUAGAUGACCUCUUUGACCGCAUAUUAUCAUCUAUUGAUCGUAUAUAUAUGGGAGAAACAUCGAGAAUAUUUCAAUUGGAAAGACUCAUGCGUGCGAAUGUGUCAGGAUCCGGCACUAUAGAAUUCUACGCUGCCUACAAAUUGGGCUUGAAGUCUUUCAAUCAAGCUAUAUUUGAAGAUGAAACGCCUUUCUUCUCUCACCAAAUGUCGCCCGAGGAUUACAGGGGGGAGUUGGCAAAUGUGUUACGCACCCGAUGCGGAGGACUUUUAGAAUUGACCGAGAGCACAGGCGAAGUGAAUUACAUUCAUAGAACCGCUCGGGAAUACAUCCAAAUGCCAAAGAGGUGGGAAGCACUCCUUACUCAUACAUCAGACCUGGAAUUUGAACCAUGGUUUACUUUUUCAAUUUUGCAUUUAAACUCAGUCAAGGCGCGUACGAAUAUAGGUGGGCUUCCAGCCAUGAGGAGGUCAAGACUGAGAAAACAUUGGAGACACUUUAAAAAGGGGCUUCACUAUAUUGCCUCCAGCAGAGCCAAAGACCAUAUUCUCGAAUUGGUUGAGGAGUUUGAUAGAGUCGCUCAGCGGUAUUCGAACUUCUAUCCACAAACUACUGAUCAGUUGCAACAUUGGUACGAGUCUGAGUAUAAAUCUACUCCUAUAUUUCGUACUAAUGUUAAUUGUAACACCUAUGAUGAAAGAUGUCCUGGUCAAGAUGUCUCCAAGGGUGACAGGGCGGAUUUAUGGAUUAUGAUGAACUUAUUUUCGGUAUGUGUUAAUGAUAAUGUAUCUCCUUAUGUUGAGAUGAAGAUAAUAUCAGAUCCUUCUCUGAUGCGACUGAAAUAUGAUCCUCCUCUGAUGGUAUUCUGCUUUGCUUAUCGUAGAUCUGAAUCAAGCUACCCCAGAUUGAGAUUACUGGUGUUUCUGUUGGAAAACAACGCCAAUUUUAAUGAGAUGUAUCACGGUCACAGUUUGUGGAAAAUAUUUCUUCACGCUCUUCAUACUGAAUACUAUGCUAUUGUGUAUCAUAGGUCUUUUAAUUAUAUCUUUCGGGCAAUAGAAAUCAUGCUCCAGCGCGGAGCCGACGUUGAAGUGUGUUGUAUUGAAGAAAAGAUGGCAUGGCAUAAAAACAACACUGCAAACACCCGCUGGAACGCAAGGGUGUUUUUUUUUGGCUUCGGUUCGAGGAAUCGGAGCGAUGACAGCGCAAGCCAUAUCUGCGAAAACCAUAACAAGCCAUGGGAAGUACGACAUUCCUUGGAACGGAUCAUUAAGGAUACAUUCGAAAUAGAUUCUUCAGACCUUGGAGCGAAGCUACUGAGCCUAGUUGCGGAAAAGAAGGCAGAGGAACUAGCCAUUGAGAAGCAGAGUCGAAAUCAAACACCUGGCUCAUCUGGCGGCAAUAAAGGACGGAAACAAAAGCAGAGAAACAGGAAGAAAGGCAAAGGAAAGCGUGACUAG